AAACUACCGGGAAGGCAAACUGCGUUGAAGAGAUGCUCACUUGCGAUAUUUUUUAGUUUCUAACAAUUGGAAAGAGGGAAGUCAAGGACUCUGACUUUCUAGUUGCAACUUCCUAAAAAUUUCCUGGCAGUUCUUUUUCCUCUCUAGCCCUGUCUUUCAAUCUUGGCCGGCUUCAGAACAUUUCACGCCCUCUAUAAACUGAUAAAGGAGCACACUUUUAAGGUUUUUAGUGAAAGAGCAAUUUGCAAACAUCAUCUGUUCCCACCAAAAGGCACUAGGACUGGCAACAGAUUAUUUUGGGCAGCCUGGGGAUGGAGGACUCGAUAUAUGUGGUUUUUCCCCCAUUAAAAAAAAGUAGGGUUGAGAAUCGAGAUCUUCCUGUCGGAGAAAGGACAAUGCGCUGCUUCGGCUGUUGUGAAGAAAAUGAUAUGCAUGGAGCUGCAAAUACUAAACAGUUCGUGGGAAAUAAUUCAACAGGCAUUAAUCAUAGUUAUCUGGCCAAGGAAUCUGUGCCAAAAGAUACACAGCCUGUAACUAUCCAGCCUAUCGCUGUCCCCGCCAUUCCGCUAAAUGAGUUGAUGGAUAUUACAGAUAAUUUUGGUACAAAGGCCUUAAUUGGCGAGGGCUCAUAUGGAAAAGUAUAUCAUGGUGUCCUUGCUAGUGAGCAGGCUGCAGCCAUAAAGAAGUUAGAUUCCAGCAAACAACCUGCCCAAGAAUUUCUAGCACGGGUCUCCAUGGUAUCAAGACUAAAACAUGAAAAUGUUGUUCGACUUCUUGGUUAUUGUGUUGAUGGUACUCUCCAUAUCCUUGCGUACGAGUAUGCUCCUAAUGGUUCUCUUCAUGAUAUACUCCAUGGAAGAAAAGGUGUCAAAGGAGCACAACCAGGCCCAGUUCUGUCAUGGGCACAAAGAGUUAAAAUUGCUGUUGGGGCGGCAAGGGGACUUGAAUAUCUACAUGAAAAGGCAAAAACUCAUAUCAUCCAUCAUGAUAUCAAGUCCAGCAAUAUACUUUUAUUUGAUGAUGAUGUUGCAAAGAUGUCUGAUUUUGAUUUAUCAAAUCAAGCAUCUGAUAUGGUUGCACGUCUUCAUUCCACUCGUGUUCUCGGAACAUUUGGUUAUCAUGCACCUGAAUAUGCGAUGACUGGAAAUCUGAGUUCAAAGAGCGAUGUUUACAGCUUUGGUGUUGUCCUGCUUGAACUCUUGACUGGUCGUAAACCUGUUGAUCACACACUACCACGUGGACAGCAGAGCCUUGUGACAUGGGCAACACCGAAACUCCAUGAAGAUAAGGUGAAUCAAUGUGUUGAUGCCAGACUCAGUGGAGAAUAUCCUUCCAAGGCAGUCGCAAAGAUGGCUGCCGUUGCUGCCUUGUGUGUGCAAUAUGAAGCUGAUUUUCGGCCAAAUAUGAGCAUUGUAGUUACAGCUCUACAGCCUCUAUUGAACACACGGUCCGGGACCCCAGUUGCAAAACCGAUCUUGUGAAUUCUUCCUUGACGCCUUGAUCUUCCUUUCAGGAUACAUUGUUGAAAUUUGUGUUGUAUACAGGGUGUUUCCAGUCCAAUUUCAUUGUAUGGUAACUUUUAUUUGGUGAAGCUUACUUGACCUUUGUUUGUAAUCUACGUAAUGGUUCUGACUCCUAGAGUUUUAAAUCUGUGAGAAAUUGAGAAUGUUACCCUGCAUAUUGCUUCUUUCAGUACUUUGCUUUGCA